AUGGCUCAGGGCUCCAAGAAGUCCUUCCUUGGUCGAGUAGCAAACGGGCGCUGGCAAAAAAAAAAGGGCAGGGGCAGGGAUGAACGCUGGACGGCGCUAAACCCCAGGCAUGAUUGCCCGGGGACUUCCGCCGGGACAUCAGCGGGCGGGCGCUUGUGGAUCACGCUAAUCUUAGUGUGGUUCAACCCGUUACUGGAACCUGGCUUGGUGCGUAUACCUUAUCGUAACAUGGACUGGAUGCUUGGAUUGAACGUUGAUGGCCGAUCUUGGCUCCAACGCAACCUCCACUCCUACGACUCAAUCCGACCUACAGACACGGAAGGCGAUCCCGGGUCCCAAACCUGGGAGCAAAAGAGGUCUAGGACAAGGCGGGGAUCUCAAUACCAGGCCGAAACUGAAAGGGAAGCCUGGGCCGAAGAAGAAUCCCAGAUUGGAGUCGUCUUCGAACGCUUCUUUCACUGCCAAUAUGCGGCUGGUGGUGGUGGAGGAGAAGGAGGUGGUGGUGGUGGUGGUGAAAAGGGUUGGUCUGGAGAUUGUAAAGCAGCAAAUGAUACCUGA